AUGGUGACUGAAGGAAUUGUCCUUGGGCACAAAAUUUCAAGCAAGGGAAUAGAGGUGGAUAAGGCAAAGGUAGAGGUAAUUGAAAAAUUACCACGACCUGCCAAUGUUAAGGCAAUCAGAAGCUUUCUGGGGCAUGCAGGAUUCUACAGAAGGUUUAUAAAGGAUUUUUCGAAAAUUACAAAACCUCUGAGUAACCUGUUAGCUGCUGACACACCAUUUGUGUUUGACACACAGUGUCUGCAGGUGUUUGAGACCCUGAAAGCUAAGCUGGUCACAACACCAGUCAUCUCUGCACCAGAUUGGACAUUGCCAUUUGAAUUAAUGUGUGAUGCCAGUGACCAUGCCAUUGGUGCAGUGUUGGGACAGAGGCAUAACAAGCUUCUGCACGUCAUUUACUAUGCUAGCCAGUUACUUGCAGAGUACAGCUACGUGCAGAGAAAGAAACUAAUUUCAGAUGCCAAGUACUACCUUUGGGAUGAACCAUAUCUCUUUAAGAGAUGUGCUGACGGAGUGAUCCGCAGAUGUGUACCCAGAGAAAAAGCACAAAGGAGUUGCCAAAGAGCUGGUAACCUGCCUCAUGGAUAUGCCAUGCCUCAACAAGGGAUAUUAGAGAUAGAAUUGUUUGAUGUAUGGGGAAUUGACUUCAUGGGACCAUUUCCGCCAUCAUACUCAAACACUUACAUUCUGGUGGCAGUGGACUAUAUAUCUAAGUGGGUAGAAGCAAUUGCUACACCCACUAACGAUACCAAGACCGUGCUGAAAUUCCUCCAGAAACACAUCUUCAGCAGAUUUGGUGUUCCUAGAGUCCUAAUCAGUGACGGAGGCACUCAUUUUUGCAAUAGACAGCUAUACUCUGCUAUGGUUAGAUAUGGAAUUAGCCACAAAGUGGCAACUCCGUAUCAUCCACAGACAAAUGGGCAAGCUGAGGUCUCUAACAGAGAGCUAAAAAGAAUCCUGGAACGGACUGUGAUGGCCCGAAGAAAGGACUGGGCAAAGAGCUUGGAUGAUGCUCUGUGGGCAUACAGAACAGCAUUCAAGACUCCUAUAGGAACUUCUCCAUACCAACUGGUAUAUGGGAAGGCCUGUCAUCUGCCCGUGGAACUGGAACAUAAAGCCUACUGGGCAACCAGAUUCCUAAACAUGGAUGCACAGUUAGCUGGUGAAAAAAGACUGCUCCAGCUAAAUGAGCUAGAGGAGUUCAGACUCAAUGCCUUUGAAAAUGCAAAAAUUUAUAAGGAAAAGACAAAGAAAUGGCAUGACAAGAAAUUGUCAACCAGAGUCUUUGAGCCAGGACAAAAAGUCCUGCUCUUCAACUCUAGGCACAGACUGUUUCCAGGAAAACUCAAAUCCCGGUGGAGGGGUCCGUAUGUGAUUACAGGAGUGUCACCAUAUGGAUAUAAUUGUUCUUCAAACUGUGAUGAUUGCCUUAUAAUCUGCAUCACCAACCCCCAAUUCUACUAUUAUUCCCAACCACUGCCACCGCCACCGAUUCCUCCUCUCCCCUUAGAUGAUACAUCAGACCAUGGAAAAAGCUACGUGCUCUCGCCCUACUUGGUCCUUGCUCUCUCUGUUAUCGGAGCUGCUUUCUUCGUUGUUAUUUGCUGUGCAAUCUUCGCGAAGAUCUUUAGAAGGAGGAGAAUAUCCUUAUCGCCAUCGUUGAGUCUUCAAACACAGGAUAAUACACGUGAUGAUUUCUUCAUUGAUGAGGAGCACGGUUCUGUGGUGAACCACCCGAUCUGCACAUCAUGUGCAGAGGCUGACUGGGAAUCUUUGCAUUCUUUACUCUGCACUGGCGAGAGGUCUGAUCCCACUCAUAGGGAGGCAUGGUGCACGAAAUUGUAA